AUGGCAGACAUGUCCAACGAAGACGAGCGCGAGCGUCUCAAGGCCGCCCUCUGGUUUGCAGUCGGCAAGAUUGUCGACGAGGAAUCAAUCAAGCAGAACUGCAACGCCACGCCGCAGUACAUUGGCGCGCUGACCGAAAUGGUCUGGGCCCAGAUUGAGUCCGUUGCCACAGACCUAGAGAGCUUCAGUCGGCACGCGCGGAGAUCAACGGUCCACACGGAGGACGUCGUCCUGCUGGCCCGCAAGAACCCAGACCUGCUCGACAUUGUCCGCGGCUUCGUCGAGGAGCAAAAGGCGGAGAAGCUCAGGAAGGGGAAAGGCAAGCAGAAGAGAUGA